AUAUAACUCCCCACGAUAUAACUUUUCAUUGGAAUAUCGACUGGAUUUUUGUUACUGUCAAGAUCAGGUGUCUUCCUUCAAUUUUGAUAGAGCGAUGUGGAAAUAUACGAUACUCGGCAGCUUAUUAUGGAGUUUGGUAGCAACGGAAGCACCUGUGCAAGGUGGCAUAAAACCUACGAACGUUUUGGGUGGAUCGGAACAACACGCAUCUUUUAGUUUCGUAAGACCAGGAUUAACUCAAACAUCAUUUUCCUUCGGUGGUCCGAGUUCUCAUCAAUCUUUUAGUUCGUCUAUCGGAAAUCCACAAUUAGCUCAAAGAGUAUUGCCAAGUUUGGCACAAGCUCUUUCUUACAGAAAUCCUGGAUUGGGAUUUUUUCCAUUUGGACCCGUUCCUCAUGGUUAUGCAACUACAUCGAUAGCCCCGGGUCUCUCUGCCUCAGGCCCUUCACCUUUACCGUAUCAAGCACAGUUUGAUCAGGGCGCUGCAUUGGCGUAUCUUCAACAAUUGCAACAAUUGCAACAAUUACAACAAGCACAGGCACAAAAUUAUCCGAAUGUCCUUUAUCAAGGACAAUUGGGACAGUAUCUUGCUCUCAGGCAAGCUCAGACACAAGCACAAGCUCAAGCACAAGCACAAGCACAAGCUCAAGCUCAAGCUCAUCUCCCAGAGCAAAUCCAACUUCAACAAGAGCAUGCACAACAACAUCAACAACAUCAAUCGCAAAACUUAUUGGGGGUUGCUUAUUCGUCGGCACCCUCUGUAGCACAUGUCAAGGUCAGCGGAAAUGGAUACAAGUUCGAUUUUUAGAGAACAUCAUUCGGCAUCAUUUUUUGUAUA